GGGGGGUGUGUCUCUAUGAAGAGGGGUUUAGUACAGCGUGUGUGGAUGACUGCUAGUCAGCUAGUGUGGAUGAGAGAGACACAAGGAGAUCGAGGGGGUACGAUGCAUGCACACACACAGUCAUUCACAAGGAAUUCUGCUACAUCAGGCAGCCUGGUCAUUGCGUGAUUUUUACACAAAGAAGAACGGGUGAAAGGUACCCACUGAUGAAAGACGUUACUCAACAUUUGAGGGAAAUCCCCAGGGUGCCUGUUUGCGUGCACUACUGCCAGAGAUCUGUUGGGGGACCAGCGACGGCGAGAUGGGCUGUAACUUGUGCACACUGCAGAAGAGAGAGGAGCACUACAAGCUGCUUUACGAGAUUGCCCAGGUGAAUGGACGUGAAUUUUCCAAGUCUGGACAUGAGGGAACGGUGGAGGCCAUGCGAAAGGAACCAAUUGUGGUGCAGGUGCUGAGGCGGGGACCCUCCGGCCGGAACCAGAACAGCCUACAGGAAGUGUGUGUGGUGGACGUGUGUACUCAGACGGACAUCACCUUUGAGCACAUCAUGGCUCUGGCAAAGAUGAGACCCACUACCCCACCUGUGCCAGACAUCUGCCCAUUCCUGCUGUCGGACAGUUGUCAUUCCAUUCAGACUAUGGAGCAUGAAUAUUAUGAUUGUCCAGAAUAUGUGGCCAGCACCCAGGCAGAGGUGGACAGGGCAGUUGAAUUCGAGUGUGAGGAGGUUGAGCUCUGUCGAAUGAACAGCCAGGAAAAACUGGGCCUGACUCUCUGUUAUCGUACUGAUGAUGAAGAAGAUACAGCCAUUUUUGUUGGUCAGGUUGAACUCAACAGCAUAGCUGCAAGGGAUGGACGCAUCAGAGAGGGAGACAGAAUUUUACAGAUAAAUGGUCAUGACGUACAGAACAGGGAAGAGGCUGUUGCUCUCCUUUCAAAUGAAAAUUCUAGAUCCAUAGUGUUACUCGUCACCAGACCUGAAGGGCAGAUGGAUGGAAGCUGGCUCGAUGAGGACCAUCAUGAUUUUCUAGAGGAGCUGAAGAUGGAGAUUUUAGAAGAACAGAAAAAGGACGCAAAGUGGUCAAAAAGACAUGAUGAAGCCUCCGCAAGUACAGAUACAGCAACAUGUUCCUCUUCCAUUCUGGAGAAGGACAGUGGUGUGAAAUGCAGCUUUGAGGAGAGUUCUGAAUAUGAAUUUCUCUCUCAUCCCCAAACACAGACUCAAAAACAACUUCGAGACAGGUGGGAAGCGGGCUCACAUUUGGUUCCUAUGGACACCGUUAGCUUAGCCAGGCAGGAGAAGGGUCAGGAGGGCAGGCUGAGCGAGAAUGGGCUGGAAUGUGACCAUUUCCAGCAACUCUUGGAGCUAAAGUGCCAGAUCCGUAAUGGUGGAGAAUGCGGGUUGGUCUACAGGCGAAGUAGUACCAUCGAGUGCAGCCUGACGGAACAGAGUGGAAGUGGAGUGGCACGGGAGCUGCACAUGCUCAACGAAGAGCUGCGCAGCAUUGAACUUGAGUGCCAGAGCAUCAUGCAAGCCCACCAGUUGCGCCGAAGCAAGCAUGACUCGCCCCGAACGGAUAAGGAAAGUCGACUGCGCCGUGGCAAGCUUGCAGAUAUUAACGAGUAUCCUGAGAGACUUCAAAGUGAGAAGCUCAGAGAUAAAGACAGCUCUAGUGCCUACAAUACAGCCGAAAGUUCCCGCUCAACUCCACUGGGAACAGAAGGAUCACCCGACCACUCGCUACAGCGUCGAGUCCACCUGACCAAUCAGAGGAACUUGCGGAGUACCCAACACCUGCAGAGUCCCUACAAUAGUCCCAUCUUGUCUUUACCCAGCCAAAGUAGCCCUUCUUACAGUCGUGGCCAUACAUACACCAGCUCCACACCACCCUUACAGACCCCCAUCACCAGUCCCGGUUCACAAGGACCCAGCCAGGCCUUCUCCAGCAGCUUGGAACAAAGCCCCAGUAACCCCUCGGAGUCAGACCCAGCGCUUCCUGCUGAUGACGAGCGCUGUGAGAAAGAAAGAAACCGUAAUAGGGUUGCAACUGCUCGGCACUACCAUUCGCCCUGUCACAGCAACACCACAACAACCCAGCCUCCCGGCACACGCCAUUACCAGAGUUACCUACAGCUCCUACAACAACAUUCCUCUUCCUCUCUGGAAUACUCCCAGAGCCAGCUUAGCCUCCUCAGCCUCCGUGGACGGCCUGGACCGUCACAACCUGGCCGAAUCGAAUGGAAGGUUAAAGUGCGAGCAGACGGAACCAGGUAUGUGGCACGUCGGCCCGCACGAGACCGUAUCCUACGCGAACGAGCCUUACGGAUCCGGGAGGAGCGCAGCGGUGGGAUGACUACAGAUGACGACGCAGUCAGCGAGCUGAAGAUGGGGCGGUACUGGAGUAAAGAAGAACGCAAGCAGCAGUUAGCACGCGCAAGAGAACAGCGACGCAGGAGGGAAUUCAUGCAGAGGAGCCGGCUUGAGUGCCUCAGGGAGACCAUGGGGACGGCAAGUGGGGAAGUCAGCAUCCUGGAGCUCAGCCAUAAGAAGAUGCUGAAGAAACGAAACAAGAAGAUCCUUGACAAUUGGAUGACCAUUCAAGAGCUCAUGAGCCAUGGAGCACGAGCACCUGAGGGCACCAAAGUUCACAACGCCUUCCUUUCAGUCACCACAGUUUAGUGAA